AUGCAAGAGGCCAAGGCUUUAAGAGCACUUUCAGCAGAUCCAAAAAUGCGGUUUGAGGACAUUGGAGGAAUAUUUAUAGAAUUUUGGCAUCUGAAGCAGGAUAUUUUAGGGAAAGCUUUCAAAGCACUCUUUUCAACAAAAGGUUGCAGGGAUCCUGCCUCCUUGGCCUUUUUCAAAUGCAAACUAUUACGGUCAGAUAUAACUGGGAAAGUAAAAGGGAAAUUCCAGUCUCAUUUUGAAUUUUUCUCCUUGGUGGGAGAAGUCAUGAUUCUGGAGUUGGCCAGAGAGUUUUUUGCCAUUGACAACAAUGGCAUUCCAACAGCAAAUAUUCCAAAAUAUAUGGCUGAGUCUAAUAAAUAUAUGGAUCAAAGUAUUAAUUCAAGCUUAUUUAAAUCCUUUUCUGGACUUACACAAUCAUUUGAUGGAGAUGAAAAUAUCACUACUACUGAUGUGAGUAUACCACACUUCCUAAAUGUGACAUAUAACAAAUACAGUAUAACUGUGUCCUUCCAACAAGAAAAAUAUGUAACUAUUUUGAGCUAUUUAAAUGAGGAACUAAAACCAAUUAAAGAAGUAGGGAAAAAUGGACAAAUUUUCAAGUCUGAUUGUGAUUCUGUGACGGCCACACUCUAUGCUGGGACUAGCGUCUUACACAUUCAAGGUUCGUCAGCAAAUACCUGGCUUGACAAAUUCGUUCACGACAUCAAGAGCAAAGAUACUAACAAUAUUAGUAAUGUUCUGGGCCAAUCAUCACCACAAAUGGCAUCAACUCCAGUUAAAAGUGCUUCUCUUGUGUCGACCAGUCAGUCAAGUGAUGUACAAAAUUGUACACAGUGUGCGAAUACAAUUCAAUCUCUACAACUGGCUAUCUGUAAUUUAGCUAAAGAAUUACAAGAAUUAAAAGAAAAACUAAAAUGUCAAAUAAAAGAAGACGAUCACAACAAACCAAUACUGGUUGACAAAAACACUCAGACAUCAAUCAAGGUUGUGAAAAACAAGGAAACAGACGUGCAUGGUUUAAAAUCUGCACCAACGAAUUCCAUAUCUAGACACACUCAGUGCGAACAUUCUUUACCGGAAAAGAAAACAAAAUGCACAGCUGAUUCUGGUACAAACACUGAACCACACAACCACCCAAUACAUACACCUGCAAGAUCAGUGAUUGAAGAAAAGGAAAAAUCUGGUAAUACAAAACUUAUAAUUGGCAGUUCAAUCCUACAACGGGUAAGAACAAGAGGACUACAAAAGGGUGUUCAUGUAAGAACAAAUAGAGGGGCUAAACUUUCCCACAUCAAAGCUAAACUUCUCAAAAUAAAUGUAGCAGAAUACUCCCACAUCAUUAUCCAAGCCGGGGGAAAUGAUGCCUCAUCUCAUCGAGACAUGGACGCCAUUGAACAUGAUGCCGCGGAAAUCAUCUCCAAUAUCAAACAUCGUUCUCCGGGAACCAAAGUAUAUUUUUCCGAAGUAUUACCAAGACGGGAUGUGGAUGUAUCUCAUGUGAAUACCACACUAAAAUAUGUAUGUGAUGAAUAUGGAGGUGUCUUUAUUUCCAACAAAAGUGAAUUCAAGGAGGUAAACCAGAUAAAUUUAAGAAAUUCAAAACCUAUAUUUUAUUGCUCUGCUUAUCGUCCACCAUCUGCCCCCUCCUGCUGGGCUGAGGAUCUAGCAAGGGAGGUAAACCGUGCCUCCUGCUGUGAUGAUACUGAAAUAAUUCUAGCAGGUGAUUUUAAUAUUGAUUUAAUGAAAGACCCCCCACAAUACUGGACAUCUGCUUUAGAGGAGUUUGGAUUUUCACAGAUAAUUACUGUUCCAACUAGAAUAACAAGUACUUCAAGUACCUUAAUUGAUCAUUUUUAUACAACCAAACCAGAAAACAUAUGUGAAACCAGUGUGCCCCCUAUUGCUAUAUCUGACCACUACCCUGUAUGUUUGACACGGAAAACUAACUGCAUACAGCGUAAUGGAAAACAUACUGAAAUCCAAUAUCGAGAUUUUAAAAAAUUCAAUGAAAAUAAGUUUCUAAGAGAUUUAGAAAAUGCAAAUUUUAACAGUCUUCUUGAACUAAAAGACCCAAACGAAAUAUUGAAUAAAUUUUAUGAAUUAUUUAAUGAUAUUCUUAAAAAACAUGCCAAAGUAAAAACUAAAAGAGUCAAGACUGAAAUUCGACCUAAAUGGCUUACACAGGAAAUAAAUGAUGCUAGACUUUUACGUGAUACAUACCAUCUACAAAGAAAUUCAGAAAAUUACAAAUUUUGGAGAAAUAAAGUCACACAAUUAAUAGAUCAAGCCAAAUCAAAGUAUUACAAAUCAGCAAUUGAAGAAAGUUCAAGUCCUAAAGAAAUGUGGAGUUAUUUAAACCAUUUGGCAUCCAAUUCCAAAAAUUUUACACCUAACCGUAUUACACAAAAUGGUUUGGAUUUUGAAAAUUUACAGGAUAUUGUUGAUAUUUUUAACAAACACUUUACAGAAAUAUCCUGUAAGUUAUUAGCAAAUAUAUCAGUACAAAGUUUUGAUUCAGAAUUAUUAAAUCAAUUUACAGAAACUAAACUAGGGAAAGAAAAUUUUUUCAGUAUAAAUCAAAUAAGUGAGUUUGAAGUAUUUAAUAUGUUGAAUACACUUGAUGUGAACAAGUCAGCAGGCAUUGACUUUAUUGGACCUCGUCUACUAAAACUUUCAGUAAAUGUUAUAUGCAAAUCUAUUACACAUCUUAUAAAUGCUAGCAUUACUAAUGGUGUAUUUCCAUCCCGUUUAAAACAAGCAAAAGUCACUCCUAUUUUCAAAAAUGGCGACCACGCAGAUCCAGGGAACUACAGACCCAUAUCCAUUCUUCCAACAUUAUCAAAAUUAGUUGAAAAACACAUAGCCAAUCAAAUACGCAACUUUACCUCUAGCUUUGAUCUUUUAUUUAAAUCACAAUCUGGAUUUCGAGAAUUUCAUUCAUGUCAAACGGCUCUAACAAAACUAACAGAUAAUUGGUUACAAGCUAUGGACCAAGGAAAUCUAGUAGGCAUAACUUUCCUUGAUUUUAGCAAGGCAUUUGAUUUGGUAAAUCAUGAUAUCCUUAUAAGUAAACUUCAAUCAUAUCACUUUGACCAAAUGGCUAUUAAAUGGUUUCAUUCUUAUCUAACCUCAAGGUCUCAGUGUGUAAAAAUAGGUACAUAUUCCUCUGAUUUCUUGCCUGUCACAGCAGGAGUGCCCCAGGGAUCUAUCUUAGGUCCCCUAUUAUUUUUAUUGUAUAUAAAUGAUCUCCCUUUACAUGUAAAUAGAACAGAUAUUGAUAUGUUUGCUGAUGAUGCGACCUUACAUACACAUCAUAAAAAUGUAGAAGGUAUUGAGAAUGCCCUUAACUUUGAUUUGUGUGAGAUUGAAAAUUGGUGUUCCAAAAAUCAAAUGGUGUUGAAUACCAAUAAGACAAAAUGUAUGCUUAUGGGAACUCAACAUAGAAAAUCAAAGAUAAAUUCUCCUGAAUUAAAUUUAUAUGCUUCAAACAAAUUAAUUGAAAAUGUUGAAUCUGAAAAACUUUUGGGAGUAUAUAUUGAUCAUUCAUUGCGCUAUAAUUACCAUAUUGACUCAGUUUGUGCUGGCAUAGAUAGAGUUUUUAAAUUGCAAAAAAGGGCAGCCCGGAUUAUAUUAGAUGUGGCUUAUGAUGCCCCUUCACUACCAUUAUUUGAAAAACUUGGAUGGCUUACCAUAUAUGAGUUGAUUGAUUUUCAUAAAUAUGUAUUACUGUACAAAACACUUCAUGGUAUGGCACCUGAUUAUUUAAGAGACUCUUUUGAAUUUAUUUCUUCUAAUAAUUAUGUUUUACGAUCUGAAACCAACUAUGACCUUCGUCUACCGAAAUAUCGAACAAGUCAAUUUAAAAAUUCUUUUCAUUAUUCCGGUGUUCAUUUAUGGAACAAAUUACCUUUGUAUAUACGUUUUUCACAAACUGUAAACACAUUUCGUAAAAAUGUGGAAAAAUUUAUUAUAACUUGCCGCAACACUGUUUAAGUAACGUAAUUCCAUGUCCUAAACUUUUAAUUGUACUUGUAU